CUCUCUCUCUCUCUCUCUCUCCUACAAAGCAUUUGUAACCAAAAGCAAAGCAACAUUGAAAGAAUAGAGACAGAUUUGUUGGCGCAAACAUCUCACUGAUUUUUCGGUAAUUCUUCUCCUUCUUCUCCUCGUGAUCUGUGCACUCUCAGCUCAAUUAAUAACCACUGCUUCAUUUUUCAUAUCAUUUCACUUUUUCUUCAAAACCCCUUCUUCAAGUAUCAAUUUUUGCUCCUCAUUUCAGCUUUUGGAAUUCAACACUGCUAUAAAGGCCAUCUGAGUUUUGCGAAAAUAGUACCAAAGAUAAAAUGACGGGUCUGUUGUGACAAGUAUAUGGAUCCCCAAGCCUUUAUUAGGUUGUCGAUAGGCUCUCUGGGUUUGAGAAGUACUGGAAUUGAACUGAGCACUGGAAAAUCCGGAAUUCAAAGACUUUCUUCAUCUUAUGUUUGUGAGAUACGACUUCGAGGUUUUCCUGUUCAAACAUCAUCAGUCCCCUUGAUAACCUCUGCUGAAGUUAUACGUGAUACACAGAACAUUGCUUCAAGCUUUUACCUCGAAGAAUCUGAUUUAAAUGCGUUGUUAGCUCCUGGUUGUUUCUAUAAUCCUCAUGCAUGUUUGGAGAUCGCCGUAUUUUCAGGGAAGAAGGGAUCUCAUUGUGGAGUUGGUGUUAAAAGGCAGCAAAUCGGCAUUUUUAAAAUGCAGGUUGGCCCUGAAUGGGGUGAAGGGAAACCUGUGAUUCUUUUUAACGGAUGGACAUGUAUUGGCAAGAACAAACAGGAGAAUGGAAAACCAGGUGCCGAAUUGCAUUUGAAAGUUAAACUAGAUCCUGAUCCUAGAUACGUGUUCCGGUUUGAAGAUAUAACAACAUUGAGUCCUCAGAUAGUUCUGCUGCAAGGAUCAAUCAAGCAGCCAAUCUUCAGUUGCAAGUUUAGCAAGGACAGGGUUUCUCAGAUUGACUCGUUGAGCACAUACUGGUCAGGUUCUCCUGACAUUUCUGACUUAGAAUCGGAGAGAAGAGAGAGAAAAGGAUGGAAGGUGAAGAUACAUGAUCUAUCUGGUUCAGCUGUAGCUGCAGCCUUCAUAACAACUCCAUUUGUUCCAUCUUCAGGUUGUGAUUGGGUUGCAAGAUCCAACCCGGGAGCUUGGUUGAUUGUUCGUCCCGAUGUGGUUGGUAGAUCCGAGAGCUGGCAGCCAUGGGGAAAGCUCGAAGCAUGGCGCGAGCGCGGAAUUAAAGACUCUAUAUGUUGCAAAUUCCAUCUUCUAUCCGAACCUCAAGAUGGAGGCAAUCUUCUUAUGUCUGAAAUACAUAUAAAUGCCGAAAAGGGUGGCGAGUUUUUCAUUGAUACUGAAAAACACAUGAGAACCGUGGCUUCUGCGGCAAGUCCGAUACCUAGUCCUCAAAGUAGCGGAGACUUUGGUGCACUGAGUCCGGUUGCUGGAGGUUUUGUCAUGAGCUGUAGAGUUCAAGGUGAAGGAAAGCGUGGCAAGCCAUUAGUACAGCUGGCAUUGCGACACGUGACGUGCGUGGAGGAUGCUGCCAUCUUCAUGGCACUUGCGGCAGCUGUUGACCUCAGCAUUGAGGCAUGCAAGCCUUUCCGAAGGAAGAUCAGAAGAGGGUUUCGGAACUCUAUUUGACAAACAAGGCUAAUGGUAAUGGAUGCUUAUAUGCCUUUGCUUUUCAUUGAUGUAAUAUUUAUAUUUUAUAGAAAUGUACAGCAUAAGUUACCACACAUUGCUCUCUUGAGAAAAUCGUCAACUCAUAAGCAAUGUGAUUUAUUUCGCUAUAUGACAAUGUAACUUUGUACUAUUAAGAUGCACAAAACAAGCUCUUAAGCUAAUCAACUUCUCUAAAAUUGACCUCCAUUAAUAACUGUUAUUGUCA